CCCCUGCUACAUCCCACAUAUUGUGUCUACUCUCUUUGAGCAUUGACCUUCCAGGAUUAAGCCAAGGAGGGAAGCAAAUCAGCCAAAUGGCUCGGAAAUUGAGCAUUGAUCAGCUUGAGGACCAGUUGAUGUGCCCCAUUUGCUUAGAGCUCUUCAAGGAACCCUUGAUGCUACAAUGUGGACAUUCUUACUGCAAGUCCUGUGUAGUAUCUCUCUCAGGUGAUCUGGAGAAACAGUUCCUUUGCCCAGUAUGCCGAAAGGCUGUGGACUACAGCAGAUCGCCACCCAAUGUCAACUUGGCUCGCAUCAUUGAGGCAAUUCAUACCAUAGGCAACUCAGAUGAUAAUCAAAAGUCUUGCCCUGACCACCACAAUCCCCUCAGCCUUUUCUGUGAGCAAGACCAGGAAGUGAUUUGUGGCCUCUGCGGCACCAUUGGCACCCACCAGCAACAUAAGGUCACACCCAUCUCCACUGUCUACAGCAGGAUGAAGGAGGAGCUCUCCAUGUUGGUGACAGAUGUGCAACAGCAGAAGAGAAGCCUUGAUGAACAUGUCAACAAGCUGAUGAAUAACAAAACUCGCAUUGCGAAUGAAUCUGAUGUCUUCAAGUGGGUAGUCAGAAAGCAGUUCCAGGAGCUGCAUAGGUACAUUGAUGAAGAGAAGGCCAGAUUCCUUGGACGGAUUGAGAGGGAAGCAACCCGUAUCAUUGCCUCUAUUGAGGUUCAGGUGAGGCAGAGAGCAGACAUCCUUCAGAAGCUAAAGGAGCUGGAGGACUUCCUGGAGAAAUUCAACAAUGAAGACCAGCUGGAUUUCAUAAGGAAAUAUGGAUCUCUUCCUUCCAGGUCUGAACUCCCCCAUCAGCACCCAGCUGAAGGCAUAUACAGUGCAGUUUCCUUUAAGCCUGACUUCCACCAAGAUGACAUAAAGAUGAUGGUGUGGAAGCGUCUGCUUCGUAAAGUCCUCCCAGCUCCAGAAACACUGAAGCUGGACCCUAUAAGCGCUCACCCUAUGCUCGAGCUCUCCAAGGCAAAUACCAUGGUGAAAUGCGGACUGCUCUUCCAACGGCGAGACAGCAAUCCUGACCGCUUUGACUACAGCAAUUGUAUACUGGCUAAUAAGGGCUUCUCCUGGGGAAAACACUACUGGGAGAUUAUUGUGGGCUCCAAGAGCCACUGGCGCCUAGGCAUCAUCAAGGGCACAGUCAGUCGCAAAGGCAAACUGAGUAAGAGCCCAGACCAUGGGGUGUGGCUCAUUGGCUUAAAGGAGGGCAAAUUAUAUGAGGCCUUCAAUAGCACCCGAGUGGUGUUGCCAAUUUCAGCCCGACCCCAGCGUAUUGGGGUCUAUCUGCACUAUGAGAAAGGAGAACUAACUUUCUACAAUGCUGACAGCCCAGAUGAACUGAUACCAAUCUAUACUUUCCAAGCAGAAUUCCAAGGCAAGCUAUAUCCUAUUCUGGACAUGUGCUGGCAUGAGCGGGGUAUCCACAACAACUUACCCAUUAUACUGCCAACUCCCACAAUGCUGCAAGCUGAGGAUGACUGCACCAAUACUCAAGAGCCCACCAAGUUAUAAUAUGAAGUUUCCAUCUGCUACUAUCAUGUCAAGUUACUAGGUGAGCUCCAGGCUGCCUUUAUGGGACAAUAAAUGCAAACCAAACUGCUCCCCUAAAUACAGCUUAUUCAAUUUAAAGAAUCCUGCUUGAGGACUCUGUUUUGCUUUUAGUGCACCUGAAUAAGUAAGGGCAGUUUGGUUUUAAGGGGCCAAAUCAAGACUACAUAUAAAGCAACUGAGCCAGCUCCAUGCCAAAAGUAGAGAAUCUCAAUGACAUCUAUACUUCCCACUGUUUAACAGGAUAGCUUAGUACAAAAUUACAGGACCUCAGUUGAAAUGAACACUACUAUGUUUCCAUUGUUUUCAGUGGACUUUUGCAGAACUUCCUUCUGAUGCAUUGUUUGUGCCCUAUGG